AUGUUUCGGGCAGCCAAACAAUUGGCACAUAAUAGUUUCUACCUGUCAGUAAACGAGAAUAAAAGCUGGCUCCAGCAGAGAGACUUUGUGGAAAUUACCAUCCUUCCUGCCCUUAAGAAACGUAUUAAUAAAAGCCUCGAAUAUCUGAAUGAAGAAGUAGUUCGAGUACUCAAGACUAACUAUAAAAGCCAUGCAUCGACUAUAAAAAUUAAGUCAGAUGCUGACAAAUGGAAAAAAAAAAAGCAGAGGAUUAAUGAGCUUCAACAUUUAAUUCGCAUCAAAGACUCUAGUAUUGAGAAAUACUGGCCAAGUUCAGUUCGUAAGAAUGAAUGGAAAGAUGAACUUGCUGAAGUAGUAGUCAAAACGGCAUAUUAUUCUGACGAAAUAUCUGAAACAGAUAUAGAGCUUGCAAAGUAUGAAAGAUCUAUUAAAAAACGAUAUAACGAUAAUAAUAUCGAUAAUAAUCAUGUUGUUAAGAUGGAUCUAUCAAAACCUCUACUCGAUGCCCCCUUUUGGACUAUUUUCUCAUCUUAUGAUCCUAAUAAACGCAACAAAUCUAAGAAUAAAGAACCAAGACCCAACAAUAAUAUUUUUGUUAACAAUUCCGAAUCUUAUUAUGAUUUUGA